AAGAAUAUUAUUAUCUGGAAAAAUUGUACCAUGGUGGACUGUGUAGGAGAAAAUGGUAGCACACACUAUCACUAUGCAGCUCCAGGGAGGUACACUGGUCAGCCAUCACUCAUCACCCAACCACAGCUUUGUCAUAAUUGUAACAAAAAUCAAGCUACAAAAAUCCAGGAAUUGAAUUCAUUUGAACCAUCAAGAGAGUCAGACUUCUUUUCAGAAUUUGAUGCUCAUAAAAAUCACCUGGAUAAGAGGUACAAACUAUGUAAUUCCUGUCAUAACACUGUUCAACAUCACUUGAACCUUCAAGAAAAGGACCUGAAAACAUUUGUACUUGGUACUCAUCUGCAAAAGUCAAAAUCAACUCCAACAAAAUUAAAGCCUUUUCAGACAUACUCACCAGAAUCCAAUAUCAUUGUGUUAGCUAAGCUGACUUGUGUUUUCCUUGCUGCACUGUUGGUGUUCUCAGAUUCACCACAUGCUAACCACAAUAAUUGUGGUGAAUUCCUGAGCUAUUGGAGCAUCUCAUUUGUGGCUAACCAAGACUUUUGGUCCAGUUUUCCACACAAAAAUAUGACAACAGCAUCAGCAUGUUUAUUGUUGACUCAGUUAUUUCAAGUAGCAGUGAGGACUUCAUGGCAGAAAAGCUUAGAAUUAAUGCUCUGUCUGUGUAGCUUAGCAAGGAGGAAGUAUUUGCACAUCUUGUUGUGUUGCUUGCUGAUGAAUUUCCUCAUAUUUUUGAAAAAAAAGAGCAGAUUUGGCAUUUUGAUUUUAGUCUCGUGGACCUUACUUUCUGCUCUAAGAUUCUGGGAAGUUUUUUGGCGUAAGACUGACACCAGAUGGCACACCAGAAUGGCUGUGUUCUGUCUCAUCCUGGACAUGUGCUCUUUCUUAUUUUCCCUCCUUUCAUACGCAAGAGGCAUGGUUAGAAGAAAAAAGAAAAGAUGCCAAUUUACACCAAGUCCAUCCAGUGUCGAAAAACAUCACACAUCGGCAGUUGAUUCAAAUGCCAUGGACACAAGUACAUGCUCUGAGAGUACACCCUCUCAUCGUAAAACAUCAACAGAAUUAGAUCACAACCUGAAUGGCCUGUCAUUAGGUUUACCCACUAAGAGAAAGAAUGGCUACAGGAACCCGUUGUCACCAGGGAAUUUUGGAACAGGUUUCUUCUGGAGUCAAACUUUGAGCAACAAUUCAGAGGAGACACCUUUGGUAUCCAUGCAACAAAGGCCCCUCAUCGUUCCUGCAACGUUGCAUUUUUCUGGACUCCGUGACAGAUCUCCAGCAGCCCGAACCUUAGAAACACAAAGUGUUGCUCGCUCUGGUGGUAACUCCUACACUAUCUCCUCGGAUGAGGACUCCGAGUCUGAAUCAGACACAAAAGAUGAGAACUUUCAGCGGAAUUCACAUCUAAUGAAUGACAGAAAGUCAAAAUCAAAGCAAAUCCCAAGAAGGACCAAACGUCAGACUUCUUCCUCGAAGAUAAUAAUGACACCAAUUACUAGGAGUUUGUUACUCCUUGCAAGCUUAUUGUUAAACGCGUAUUUUAUAGUAUCAUUCACCGACUGGCCCCAGCGAAUUCUGUUGUCACUUAGAAAGGUUUCAGGAACAAGUAAAUAAAUCAAAAAAAUAUUUUUUUAAGAAGGC